GGCCGACAGUAGAUUAUCGAACGGUCAGUUUCAGCUUGUGUUGUUUUUAAUCAGCGAAUGGAAUCUCUUAAUUCGUAAAGUCCCGGCACCCCGCACCAAUAAUCGGGACGAGAAUCUACCGCUGCUGUGCUGGCCAAAGAUCUCAACCGGAGCAAGGAGAACUCCAUUUCAUCACAAUGGGCAAAGAUUACUACAAAAUUUUGGGCAUCGAGAGGAAUGCGUCCAGUGAGGACGUCAAGAAGGGCUACCGCCGGAUGGCACUCCGUUACCAUCCGGACAAGAACGACCAUCCCGAGGCCGAGGAGCAGUUCAAGGAGGUGGUGGCCGCCUUCGAAGUCCUUUCCGACAAGGAAAAGCGGCACAUUUACGACCAGUUCGGUGAGGAGGGCCUGCGAAUCGGUGACCAACCGGCGACCUUUGCCCAGCCCACGUCCGACAUGCUACCCUUCAUGUGCGCCGUCGGCGGGACCGUGCUGUUCGCCUUCGCCGCCUACAAGACCUUCCAGUUCUUCAACCGGAAGAAGGAACCGGCCACUAACAGCGAUGGAUCCACAUCGGACUGAGUUUACGACUUCAUGUUCAUUAGGAUAUAAUCUGUGUAAAAGAAUCUUUUAAGGAACAUCGCUGUAAUAGCUUUAAAGUUAUCUUCUAGUGAUUAGUUGUACAGACCUAACUUAUGUUACUUUUUGAUAUUAUUAGUCCUAUUAAUUAAAUGUCCAACAACUGCACAGCAUUACAUAUACUGUUAAUAAACAUGUUAGAAAAAUA